UAGGUUAUUCUGAGCACGGGAACACGGUCUAAUUCACUCCGUUUCGGUUCCCUACGUUCGCUCCCUUUCUUUCUGGUUCCCACUCUCAUACCCGGGCCCUUUCCCCCUUGCUCUUCCCAGCCCCUUCCUCUCUGCUGGAAACCCUAGUUCCCCUAAUCUCCUCUCCUCCCAAAUCCACCGCCUCCUCCUCGAAAACCUAUUUGCCCGAUCCCAUCUCCCUCUUUGCGAUUCCGCCGACAUGUCGAGCGCCUUGGACAUGUCUCUCGAUGAAAUCAUCAAGAAGAACAAGAUGUCUUCCGCCGGGAAUUUCCGCGGCCGGGGACGAGGAUCCGGCCUCCGCCCCGGCCCCGGUCCCGCCCGACGCUUCCCCAGCCGCUCCGGGAACCGCUCCGCCCCUUAUUCCGUCGGAAAGGCUCCGGAUUCGGCGUGGCAGCACGAUAUGUACUCGGGCCAGAUGGGUGGUUAUCCGGCUCCGGUGGCUAAGGCGUCAGGUAUAGAGACGGGCACCAAGCUCUACAUCUCCAACUUGGACUAUGGGGUCUCGAACGAGGAUAUCAAGGAACUAUUUUCGGAGGUUGGUGAUCUGAAGCGCUAUGCAAUUCAUUAUGAUAGGAGUGGAAGGUCCAAGGGAACAGCAGAAGUUUUCUUCUCAAGGCGAGGAGAUGCUUUAGCAGCUGUAAAAAGAUACAACAAUGUGCAACUUGAUGGCAAGCCAAUGGAAAUAGAGAUUGUAGGAACAAACAUCCCGAAACCAGCGGCUGUGUCUCAGAUUUCAAGUGGGAGCUACAGAAAACUCAAUGGUGUUUCUAAGAG